AAGGUGAGGGGAGUCCGUGAAGAAGGGAGGGAUGGAUAGAAUGAUCUUCAAUAGGCAGGACAAACUGCAGAGGUGAAGUGAAACAAUAGUGGGAAGUCUUCUUUUUCUUUUUUUUCUGUUUAUAUGCUUUAUUAUCAUCUGAACUGAUGAUCAGAUGUUUUGAUACCUGCACAUUUCUCUGUGGGAUUCUUCCUUAAAGCUGAAAGUCAAGGCUGACCUCCAGAUUGACAUAUCACGAAGACAGAUCAAUGGAUAUUUACAGAUGUCCUAAGGUUUUCUACUGAAUCAGUUCAGGAUUUGGACCUUUUAGGAAUGCACAAUGUGAGGAUGAGACAGCCGCACUUUCUCCACAAGAGAUUCAGAAGCUGCCAGAAAUGGUGACGGGCGUUCCCACAGUCCUGUCCGAAGAAGGGCAAGGAGGUGAUGGCAAUCUCCUUCUCUCCUCAAACUCUUCUAUUACAGCCUCUUGCCAUAUUGACGAGUCGUACAAGUACAUCUUCCUCCCUAUUUGUUACUCCUUCACGUUUGUCUUCAGCAUCACCCUGAACUCUGUGGUGCUUUAUCGCUCCUUUAGCCGUACCAAGCACUGGAACGCGUCACUAAUCUACAUGGUGAACUUGGCCACCACUGACUUCAUGUAUGGCUUGUCACUGCCUUUCCUUGUGGCCAGCUAUGUCAUGCGGGACAACUGGGUGUUUGGAGACUUCAUGUGUCGCCUGGUGCGCUUCCUCUUCUACUUUAAUCUGUACUGCAGCAUCUUCUUCCUCACCUGCAUCUCUGUCCAUCGCUAUCUGGGCAUCUGUCACCCCAUGAAAACCAUCACCCUGGAGACCAAAAGAGCUGUCAAGGGCAUUUGUGUUCUAGUGUGGGUUGCUGUCUUUGCUCUAACUUGCCCAAUUUUCAGAUUUGCACAGACAGAAUAUCUGCCCCGCCAGAAGAACGGUGCUGCCUCUCAGGCAGGUGAAAUUCACAACAACACUACAAACCCUAGUGUGGAUGGGUUCCAAAACUGCUGGGACGAUGCCAUUGAUAAGGAGUUCCAGGUCUAUGUUCCCUAUGGGAUAACUCUCCAUCUCUUGGGUUUCUUUCUGCCAUUUAGCAUCAUCGCCUGGUGUUACUCUCGUGUGGUUAUGGCAAUAUUUCGAACACUGCACUCCCAACCUCCUGCUAAUGGGUCUGGGACAAAACGUGAAAGCACCUUAGGGGCAGAAGGCAUGUCAAUCAUUCUAGGGGCUGCCUCCCCUUACGUAAACAGGCGCCGCAAGUCCAUUAAAACCAUCAUAACCAUCACACUCCUCUUUGCUCUUUGCUUCUUCCCCUUUCACGUGACCCGAACCAUAUUCUUGGUGCUCAAAGUGACCAGCAGGGUGCACUGCCAUACAAUGCAAAUGGUGUCCAUUUGUUACAAAAUCACUCGGCCACUCGCCUCCUUCAAUGCCUGGCUCAAUGCUCUGCUCUAUUUCCUCACCAAAGAAAAGAGCGGGCCAUGCUGCCACAAGCCACAACCCAGCCAACAUGGCCUCCUCUGGCCUCUGAGGAUUUUGGAUAAAGGAGGAAAUGAGGAGGAUCAAGCUGAAGAGGCAGGAAACCAUGACGAUAAAAAACUCAAGGAAAAAAACAUGUUUAGAGAUGUACCUUGAAAUUAAAAACAAAGAAUAUUAAAAAAGAUGUGAGCACUAUAAGUCGACCUGUUGUACAGUCAUGCAUUUGCAUAUGGAUGUGUAAAUGUGAAACUGCCAGAUCUCCAGCUCUAAUAUGAGAACUGGUUGUGAAUUAUGAACUAUUGCUGCAUUCACAUGCUAAUGAGAAGAUUCUAAUUCCCACCUGAAGCAGGAGUGUAGUUGGAAUUACGAACACCUCAUUUAUAAGAGCUUUAAUAUAUAAUAUUAUAAAUUUCUAUAAGGAAAUGUUGGUAAAGUUUUUAAUUUCUAUCUAUUCUUCUGAUAGCAUGUGAAUGCAGCAUAACCACUUGAAUCCCAGACUCAGUAUCAUUAGUAGUCCAUAUAUAUAGUGAAAUUAAGUAAAUCAAAUAAAAAUUAUUUAGUAUUUAUAAUAAAUAGUGAGUAAUGAUAGAAAUUUGCCACUGUAUUGAAUUUUAGGAGGAACUAACACUAUUACAUAAUAUAAAUAUAUAUUAUUAAUUAAUUAAUAUAUUGCAAAUUACCUGUUUGUGUAAUCUUUAUCCAUUUACCUCAGUAUAAUGAUAACACAAUAAGCUGCUAUGACAUGAAGUGUAUCAGAUUACUGAAGGACAUGGUUUUUGACAUACCUCACAGUGAACUGGAGCGUUGUGUUCCAUAUAAAAAAUUGUUGAUGGUGAAUGAUUAAACUGUAAAUGAACUACAUCACCAUUGUACAUUGAGUUCCUGGAAAGACAGCCCACAUUCAUUAUCUUCAAACUGCUGUUUCUCUGUCUUCAAUGUGAGAGUUGAGAAUUGAUGUAUAGGUGUAAAAUACUAGAAUAAACACUUGUUAUUAUUACAUCUAAGGAUUAAAAGAGACCGUAGGAGAAAGGGAUUAAUGUCAGGGUUAGUGAUAUUUUGUCAAAGUCCAUUAAGUGUGCCUCAUGUGGGAGUGAGUCAGGGGGAUUCACAAUUGGUUAUGUAUUAGGUGAUGUUAAUUAUUACUUUUUUUAAAGGUUAAGUUACUGUUUGGAAUGCACAUGUUUUCCAAUAUAAGUGCAAUGUGUACAAUUUCACAUAGCAUAAACUUGCCUAAUCUUAGUUUAGCAUCUAACAUGCUAGCAAAAUGUUACUGAAUGCCUCUCAUUUUAGUCUAUCAUAUUUCUCUCCUGCCAGUCAGUUAACAUCUCUUUCAAGACGCUGCUGUGCAUCUGGACUAUUGUUCACAACCAACUUACAAUAAAAAACUUUUCUCACUUAUAAUAA